GUUCGUGUUGUCAAAAAAUUGUUUUUCAAAUUAAUUAAUAAUAAUCACCCUCGCUCGCUUGAACAUUCUAUAAUUAAAUAAUAAAUCAUUUUACUAUUGAAUUUAUCUUUUGUUGUAGUAAAAAUAGGCAAAAAAAGACAUUGAAGUUAGCCCAAUUUCUCAAGACCGACAAAACUCCUUCGGACCGCUUGGGCAUUUCGUCAGAAACAAAAAAAAAUGGAAUCGCCACAAUCCUGCAACACUUUUGUAGUUUUACCGCCCUUGACUCAACAUGGGGUUGUUUUCGGAAAGAACGCCGAUAGGCCUCAAGGAGAAAUACAAGAAGUGGUUUAUUAUCCAGCUAGUGAGGGCUCUGGGCCCACCAAGUGCACCUACAUCGAAAUUGAACCAGUUGCCAAAACCAAAGCAGUAAUUUUGAGCAAACCCAAUUGGAUGUGGGGCGCAGAAAUGGGAUCCAACGAAUGCGGCGUUGCUAUCGGAAACGAAGCAGUUUGGACAAAUGACAACGAUGGAGACAGCGAUACUGGGGUCAAGCGACUUUUAGGAAUGGAUUUAGUAAGGUUAGGUUUGGAAAGAGGCUCUACUGCUGACGAAGCACUAGAAAUCAUUACUAACUUAUUAGAAAAAUAUGGACAAGGGGGUCCUUGUUCUAAAACUGACAAGGGUUUUACUUAUCAUAAUUCCUUUUUAAUUGCUGAUCCUUCAUGUGCUUGGGUGUUGGAGACUAGCGGGAAACAUUGGGUGGCAGAGAAAAUCACCAGUGGUUUCAGAAAUAUUACUAAUGCUCUUUCGAUUACUACGAAAAUCGACAAAAAAUCGGAGGGUAUUGAAGACUAUGCAAAAUCGAAAAAUCUUUGGGAUGGCAAAGGCCAAUUUAAUUUUUGUGAAGCCUUCUCUGGCGAAAACAAUCCUUCGGACCUUUGUUACCAAGCAGGCGGUAAACUAUUAGAAAAAUAUAGCAGCUCGAAUAGCUUCAGGGAAACUGAUAUGUUUAAAGUCCUCAGAGACAAAGAAUUGGGCAUUUGCAAGGAUUUCAAUAGUGGUUUUCCUACAUCUGGAAGUCAAGUAUCGACAUUGUCUUCGACUAGACCAAGCAUACAUUGGUUUACAGCUACACCGGACCCUUCUAGAUCUGUCUUCAAGCCGUUUAUUUUUACUAAAAAUGCUGUAAUUUCCAAGCAUACAAUUUGUCCUGACAAAGAUAGCCCUCACACUUUGUACAGUCUAUUUAAAAAUGCUGAAUACAAAGGAGUCCAGGAGUUGCUUCAUACCAUGGAGACUGAUUGUGUUGAAGAAGUUAACCAAAUAAUUUCUAAUGUAGCUGAAGACUUGUCUGAAUUUGAUGAACUUCUUAAAGAUUGCGUAGAAACUGAAGUUAAAUUUUAUCGUUGAAUUAAGCAAAACUUAUUAACUCCUGGUGGGGCAUAACAAGGUGAAGUUAGCUUAUUUUUGUUUCGAGAGCCUGUUAAUCAUGAAUAAGCGUCUAAGUUCAUUAGAUGCACGCUUCUUUUGCAUUGAUGUUUUCUGAUAGUAGAUAAGGUAGGAAAUACUAUUGAAUAUGUGUUUCAACACGGUGUGUCUAGGUUCGUUUUCUACAUUCUAUCUAUGCAGAUGUGUUCUUUUUCAUCUAAAAUAGAUCAGUAUUAAAACCUAAGCUCAAUUACUAAGUUUUGAGUGUUACAUGUUCUGUGUGUUUUGUUGUUCAGCAAAUUGUAACCAGUACCUAAUAAGAGUAAGAAGUAUUUUUUUUAAAAACAAACUAUUCAAUUUUAUUGAUGUUGACCUUUUGAUUGUGAUAUUUUUCAUGCUUUAUUCAAUUCUCAAAUUUAUUUUUACAGAAAAAAAAAAAUUAAAAAAAUAAGGGCAUGAUCAAGUGUGAUUUUUCCAAGAAAUACCAUUAUGAUUUUGUCCUUGGUGCAAUUGAAAAUCUGAAAAAUAAUAAAUUUUGAAUUUUCCACAUUGAAAAGCCAGUUUAAAUGGUAAUGAUGCAUAAUCUGAAAUUUUUGAGGUUCCCCCAAUCAAAAUUUAUUCCUGAUUUUUAUCGAAGCAAACUUAAGUCGUCCAAGUAUACCUAAUAUGACACGCCACUAUGAAUUUAAUAUCUAUGAUAUUGUAUUAUGAUUUGCACAUUCCUGAAUAUAUUAUAUGAUGAUAG